UCUUAUUGGUAUUUGUUGAGUCCACUUUUUGCCUAUAAAUAGGAAAUCUCUCACAACAAACCUAAUCAAGUGAGUUGAAGUGUAUAUACAACAAUCUCAAGAGUAUACCUUCUUUCUACAUUAACACCUAGAGUUCUUUUCUUUGUGAAACUUCAUAACAUGGAGAAGAAAAUGAGUUGGACAGUUGGAGAUGCUGUGGACUAUAAAGGCUUCCCAGCUGAUAGGUCCAAAACUGGUGGUUGGGUUCCAGCUGCUCUCAUUUUAGGGAUUGAAAUUGUUGAGAGGCUUUCCACCAUGGGGAUUGCAGUCAAUUUGGUGACAUAUCUGAUGGGAGUCAUGCAUAUGCCAAGUUCAACUGCAGCUAAUACUGUGACUGACUUCAUGGGCACAUCAUUUCUCCUUUGUUUGCUUGGAGGUUUUCUAGCAGAUUCCUUCCUUGGAAGAUAUAAAACAAUUGGAAUCUUUUCUGCAAUACAAACACUGGGUACUGCAGCAUUAGCAAUCUCAACAAAACUGCCAUCCCUAAGGCCACCACCUUGCCAUGCCGGUGAAAGUUGCAAGCCAGCGAAUGGAAUCCAAAUGGGAGUCUUAUACUUGGCUCUAUACCUUAUUGCACUAGGAACCGGUGGCCUUAAAUCUAGUAUUUCAGGAUUUGGUUCUGAUCAAUUUGACGAGAAAGAUGAGAAGGAGAAAUCACAAAUGACUUUUUUCUUCAAUAGAUUCUUCUUCUUCAUCAGUUUGGGAACUCUUGCAGCUGUCACAAUACUUGUUUACAUACAAGAUGAAAUUAGUAGAAGUUGGGCUUAUGGAAUAUGUUCUAUUUCUAUGGUCAUAGCCAUUUUGAUAUUCCUAUCAGGAACUACAAGAUACAGAUACAAGAAGAGUUUGGGAAGCCCUAUUGUCCACAUUUUCCAAGUUAUCGUUGCAUCGAUAAAGAAAAGGAAGAUGGAACUUCCAUACAAUGUUGGAUCUUUGUACGAGGACACUCCAGAGGAUUCAAGAAUUGAACAAUCCGAACAGUUCCGUUUUUUGGAGAAAGCAGCAAUUGUGGUAGAAGGUGAUUUUGACAAGGAUUUAUAUGGUUCUGGUCCAAACCCUUGGAAGCUAUGCUCCCUAACAAGGGUAGAAGAGGUGAAAAUGAUGGUGAGACUUCUACCAAUAUGGGCCACAACCAUUAUAUUUUGGACCACAUAUGCACAAAUGAUAACCUUUUCAGUUGAACAAGCCGCCACCAUGGAAAGGAAUGUUGGGAAUUUUCAAAUCCCUGCAGGAUCUCUUACAGUCUUCUUUGUCGUCGCAAUCCUACUCACUCUUGCUGUCAAUGACCGAAUCAUCAUGCCCCUUUGGAAGAAAUUGAAUGGAAAACCAGGUUUCUCCAACCUACAAAGGAUUGCCAUUGGACUUUUGUUGUCGACAAUCGGAAUGGCAGCUGCUUCUCUGAUUGAAGUGAAACGGUUGUCAGUGGCAAAAGGUGUAAAAGGCAACCAAACAACACUACCAAUUAGUGUUUUCCUUCUAGUCCCGCAAUUCUUCUUGGUUGGUUCUGGUGAAGCAUUCAUAUACACAGGACAACUUGAUUUCUUCAUAACACAAUCACCAAAAGGAAUGAAAACAAUGAGCACUGGUCUCUUCCUAACAACUUUAUCCCUCGGUUUCUUCGUCAGCAGUUUCCUUGUGUCAGUUGUGAAGAAAGUAACUGGGACUAGAGAUGGACAAGGAUGGUUAGCUGACCAUAUAAACAAGGGCAGGCUUGACUUGUUCUAUGCACUUCUUACCAUACUUAGUUUCAUCAACUUUGUAGCAUUUUUGGUGUGUGCAUUUUGGUAUAAGCCUAAGAAACCUAAACCAUCUAUGCAAAUCAAUGGAUCCUCAUCAGUUGAGGAGAAGUGCUAAAAGUAUCUUAGGAUUGGGAAUUAGUCCUAUCAUCAUUAUUGUUAUGGCCACUUUUCUUGAAUUCUAGGUAGGAAGCUAUGUGUAUGCAUCCAAAGAAUGGGUUGAGUUUGAUUUAGUACUCUUGGUGAUGAUACUAAAGAAAUAAUGUUUAGGUUGGCUUCAAUGUGUAAAAUUGUAACAUAUUAUAUGGUCUUUUCAAGCCCUUUGUUACUUUUUUUCCUUCUCA